AUGAGCCAAGUUGAGUGUGUUGGAGUUACUGCACAAUCAACCGAAUACUUUGAUAUGAUUCCAAUCUUUGGAGUUACUGCAAAAUUCAGUAUUACAAUUGGAGAUUUUGGAUUUAUUUCAAGCUCAUUUGAUUCCAGUUUUUUUGUCCACAAGACUAACUCUGAUAUUACUCUUCUUUUACUUUAUGUUGAUGACAUGAUAAUCACUGGAAAUGAUCUUGCAGGCUUGGAGAUUCUCUCUGAUUCGGAUGGUUAUUAUCUCUCCCAAGCCAAGUAUUCCUCUGACAUUCUUACUCGUACUGGACUCACGGAUUGCAAAACAGCUCCCACUCCACUUGAGACCAGUGUCAAGCUCACUCCUCUAGAUGGUACAUUCUUCCGUAACGCUACAUUGUAUCGACAGUUGGUUGGCAGUUUGUUCUUAUCUGCACCACGAUUUACUCAUUAUGCUGUUGUACUACGUAUCCUUCGAUACAUUAAAGGGACUAUGUUUCAUGGCUUCCAUUUUUCUUCUCAUUCGUCACUUGAGCUACGUGCCUAUUCUAAUGCCGAUUGGGCAAGUGAUCCGAUUGACCGGCGUUCUACUACUGGCUACUGUUUCUUUCUUGGGAACUCUCUCAUUUUUUGGCGCAGCAAAAAACAUUCCAUCAUCUACAGGUCUAGUAUAGAGGCCAAAUAUUGUGCCCUUGCUGAUUCCACACAAGAACUUAUUUGGCUUCGAUGGCUCUUAACAGAUAUGGGUAUUUCUCAUUCCACUGGCAUUGUUCUCUGUUGUGAUAACCAGAGUAUUAUCUACAUUGCUUAUAAUGAUGUCUUCCAUAAACACACCAAACAUAUUGAAAUUGUCAUAUUGUGCAUCACCAUGUUACUCGGGGCACUGUAUAUCUUCAUUCUGCAACUUCCACUGAUCAGACAGUUGACAUCUUUAUCAAAGCACAUCCGCGAAGCAGAUUUCGGGAAUUAG